AUGGGGCCACGCAUCAUCCUGGUGAUUGCUUCGGUGGAGACCAGUCUCAAGGAGCUGGGUACGGAUUGCGUAGAUAUCCUCUACCUGCACAAACCAGACCGUACUACGCCGUUCCAAGAGACACUUGGAGCCAUGGACAAGCUUCACAAGGCCGGCAAGUUCGUUCGUUUCGGUAUUAGCAAUUUCACCGCGUACGAGAUGGCCGAGGUCAUGAUGAUUUGCAAAUAUAACAACUGGGUGCGCCCCAGUAUUUUCCAGGGUAUGUACAACUGCAUCACGCGCAAUAUUGAGACCGAGCUUUUUACUGCCUGUCGCCGCUAUGGUCUGGACAUCGUAGCAUACAACCCUCUCGCUGGCGGUCUAUUCUCUGGCAAGAUCAAGUCGCAUGACAUGGUACCCGAGCGGUCGGUUCUCGGAUACCAGCUCAGCUUGACCAUGAUCGAGGCAGCGCUGCGCUGGGUAGUGCAUCACUCCGAGCUCAAGAUCAAUGACGGUAACGAUGGUAUUCUCAUUGGUGUAUCAAGUGUCGCACAGUUGGACGAUAACUUGACCUACCUGGAGAAGGGACCCUGCCGGAAGAAGUCGUCAAAGCUCGACGAGGCCUGGCAAAUCUCCAGGGCUGAUUCACCAAAUUACUGGCACGGUGACUUGGACUAUGGUUAUGACACGAUACAGGCUCUGUUUGGGCCUGGCGCGCAGUAG